ACCUGUGCUGACUGCUCUGUUUCUCUGCCAGUUGGCAAUAGAUGGGAAGAUGGGGUCGCUGCACCUGUUCCUGAACCCCCAACAGGUCUCCAACCUGGCUGACUUACUCAGUACACUCAACCUCACAGAGGUGAGCGGACUGAAGGAAAAGCUGAGCAAGAGUCGGCCGCUGGACCCCGAGGAUUUCAAACUGAUCGAGCAGGAUCUCAACAAGCAGCUUCACUCGGGCCAGAGCUCAGGGCACGCCAGGAGCGAAGAGCUGGACUCGUUUGCAGGCUCGGAGAACAGGGUGCCCCCCGAGAUGUUUUACUCCAUGGCCCCAAUGACCAGCAGUGUGGCCUCAGUGCAGUCGGUGAGUGAGCUGUCAGACGUCGACCUGGAGAGCUCGAUGCGCAGUGACUACAUUAGCUGCCCACCGCAGCCCCCGUCACUGCAAGCAUGUUUGCUGAUGAACAGUCCGCACCGAUAUGGGAGCUCCGUGUUCCCCAACAUGCUCCCUGGUUUACAGUCCAUGACCAGAGAACCAGGUAAAUCUCAGCCUUCCCCAUCCCUGGACAGUGUUAAGGCUGAGCUGCAGCUAAGGCUGACCAUGGGUGGGCUGACUGCCACACUGCUGCACCUCGAUCCACUGCUCGGACAGUCCCCUGCAUCGCGGGACGCCACAUCGGGAACAGAGACCGCUUUCCAAACUGCUGCCCGCCGUUACUUCACUGAGUUGGCAUACUUCAAGGACAGCAUCUUUGGGGGGAGAGGCUUUGACCACCUGAGAAGCCAAUUCGAGAAGGCCUGCGUCCACAAUAACUUGAGGUACUGGGCGUAGAGGCUGAGGGAAAGC